AUGCGGGGUGUUUCUCGAUGGCAAGGGUCGAAAACUUCGAAUACAUGCACCAUUUAUAGUACAUCGCUGUCAAUCACCUUCCUACCGCCUGUGUUUCCCUCUCUUCCAACUUGCUCCGAUGCUGGAGUUCUCUGCCUGGUCAUGGGACACCUCAAGGGCGGCUUUGGUUGUCCACGAACUGUUGUCAUCACGUCCUCAUUACGGGGAUUGGGGCCCACCACUCAGGAACCAGGCCUGACUGAAUUGUGCAGAAUGAAGCAUUUCCAUCCAUGCGACACAUUCCGUUUCGCAAAUGAUCUUUCAGAAGAAAGGCCUACACCCCAACCCACCACCUCUAACAUUUCCCGACGAUGCCCGAUCUUAUGCGACUCGAAAAUCCCCGACGAACCUCCCACCACCGAUGACACGAAUCCCUUCCUAUGCUAUAGCAAGGAUGCAGCCUUCCUACGAACGCUCGCCCUUUGCCUCGAGGACCACUGCCAGCGGGAGAAGCUGCCUGUCUCAAGCAUCGAAAAGUAUUGGGAAAGGAAAACGGCAUUUGGCAUCCCGCCCAUCAUGACCUACGAAGGAGCUCUGCGGCAUGCUCACGAAGAUCUUCAAGAAUUUGACGAAGCCGAUGUCCCCUACCUCGUAGAAGGUGCUCCACUGAAUACAACUCAUCGUGUUCCUGAAGAAGAGUGGAUGCUGCUUUACAACUAUAUGCGAUUUUUCGACAACUCCUACACUCACGCCAGCGGGUUCCUGCCUGGGCGCCCGCUCUGGUACAGCCGUUUGGAGGCGAUCCUGGAAAAACCAUUGUUCGGACAUCGUCAUCGUACCCCCAUGGCUGGCGACAUCGGCAUCAUGCCGACGCGGGGUCAAUCCCUAUACAUCGCCUAUCUCCUCAUAACCCAGAUUUUCCUCGCCAUAUUCCCAUUAACGAUUUACCGGCCAGCCUACAACUCAUUUGGACCACCUUUCUCCGCCAAGCUUGGAGAGUUCAUGAACGCGCACCCAGAGCUACAGAUUAUUGGCGACCGUACAGGAGUCAUCGCGAUGGCAGACUUUGUCGCUCUCUUCCUUUUCUCCAGCAGGAAUAACAUCCUCCUCUGGAUCACCGGCUGGAGCCACGGCACUUUCCUUCUUCUCCAUCGUUGGCUCGGCUAUUGCACCAUCAUCCAAACCUGCCUCCACUCCCUCCUCCUUGCCAUCCUUUACGGACCCGACCACAGCUACCAGUCGCAACGGCCCUUUUGGAUUUGGGGAAUUGUCGGUACGCUUGCCUUUGUGGUGAUAUGGCCAGUCUCCGUUCUCCAAAUUCGCAAACGUUACUACGAAUUCUUCCUCAUCUUCCACCAAGUAUUCACCGCCCUCGGUCUGAUCGCCACCUUCUUCCACAUAUACGCGUUCUUCAAGUACACAUGGGGCUACGAGAUCUGGGUGUACAUCGCUGGAAUUAUCUGGUUCCUUGACCGCUUCAUCCGCCUCAUGAGGAUGGCGGUUAAUGGGUACCGAACGGCUGUCGUCACUGCUGUCGAUUCCAGUGGGGAGUAUUUCUGCAUCGAGAUUGACGGUGUCGUUGUGGAUGGCCAUGCAUAUUUGUCCUUCCCGACCCUCGCGUGGCGCUUCUGGGAGAGCCAUCCUUUCUCAGUGUUGUCCAGUGUCGCUGUGGCAGGUGAUACGCCCGCCAGGUCCAAAGACAAGGCAGUCCCCGGCGACACGAAAGCCUCCGGAUCGCAAGCCGACCCCGAGAAAACAAGUCAGUCAAGCUCCGCAUCUUCAAGCUUGUCGUCGAGAACAGGACGCGUCUGUCCGCGUGCCACGAUCCUUUUCCGGUCAAGGGACGGUAUCACGAAGACCAUCGCCGACCGAGUGCAGGCACUGGCACAAGGACAAAGCCUCUCCCUCCCCGUCCUGGUCGAAUCCUCGUAUCGCGCCAACCCAUCGAUCCGCAACCUUUCAGGAUGCACCACACUCCUCUGUAUCGCGGGCGGUGUUGGCGUCACUGCUGUUUUACCGAUCAUCAAGACGUUUGGUGGAGGUCGUACGCGGUUUGUAUGGGGACUACGCAACGAGUCGCUCCUUCAUGCGCUUCAACCUGACCUUACUUCGCUUGGCCCUGGUGUGCAUGUCGAGACGAGCGUGGGUGCGCGGUUGAACGUCAGGGAGAUUCUGGAGGAGGAGUUGGAGAGGGAUGAUGAGGAUUAUAUGAUUCUUGUCGGAACGACCAUGCAAAUAUUACGAGGGAUAGAAAAAGAUUUGGCAUGGCUGAGAAUUGAACCAGCUUCUGCAGUAUUUUUGCGGGCCGAGGCCCGAUCUAUGAAACACAGCCACACAACGGUGGACAACGAUCUCCGAAGAGUCGCAUUACACUGA